UGCAGUGGAGUCUGUUUCUGCUCAUUCUGAUGGGUCAGUGUUCCUUCUUCACAUGUCGUCGCUAUGAGUACCACUUUAUUGGAGAGAAUAAGACCUGGAAAGAAGCUCAGUCAUUCUGUAGAGAGCAUUAUACUGACCUGGCCAAAGUGUAUGACAUGACAGACAUUAAGAGACUCCAUGACUCUGUAAAGAAUCAAACUGAAGCCUGGAUUGGGUUGUACAGUGAACCAGGAAAUAAAAGGACGUGGCACUGGUCUCUACCUGGAGUGGAGUACAAUGAAAACAAGGCAAAAUUGGGGAAUGUAGAGCCGAACAGUGAACACUGUGAGAACUGUGUGUGGAUGAAAUACUGGGAUCAGGAAUGGAAGACAUUGAACUGUCAUGAAGAAAAAAAAGGAUUUAUCUGCUACAAUGAAAGCUCCAGUGAUAAAUUCUGUUUGAUAACGGAGGAAAAAAACUGGAGACAGGCUCAGAGCUACUGCAGAGAACAUCACACAGACCUGGCCAGUGGAGAUCAGUUAGAAGAUGACAAACUAAAGGAAGAAAUACAGGAUAGCGAUGAACUUUGGAUCGGCUUGUUCAGAGACACCUGGACUUGGUCAGAUGGGAGCAAUUUCUCUUUCAGACACUGGGAUCAGGGGCCAUUUGGAGAUGGACGAGGGCAAAAGAACUGUACUUUUUUAAAGACAUCAGGUGAAUGGGGCUCUGAUAGAUGUCAUGAAAGAAAACCCUUCUUCUGCUAUGAAGAAAAACUGAUCCUGAUCCAAGAGAGCAAGACCUGGGACGAAGCCUUGGAUCACUGCAGAGAGCACCACCGUGACCUGGUCUCCAUCACUGACGUUCACCAGCAGAGAUGGGUCCAACAGAGAGCCAAGAACGCCUCAUCUCCUUUCGUCUGGCUGGGACUGCGCUACACCUGCGCUCUGGAUUUGUGGUUCUGGGUCAAUGAUCAUCUAGUCUGCUAUGACAACUGGGGCCCAGGGCAAGAGCCUGACAAGUGUUACCAUUCUGCUGCCAUGGCAAGAGACGGACACAAGUGGUUCAAAAAGGCUGAUACUGAUAAGUUUGAUUUCAUCUGUGCUGUAUAGGAAAUGUUAAAAACCCACCCAGACCCAGUGGUGACAGGCUUUAUAUUUCUGGUGUAUUUUUCUUGAGUGCAACAAGAGAAAGAAAUCACAAACUGACAGGCAGAGAAACAGAGUUACCAACAGUCUGGUUUAGUGCAGUUUAGACAUUUAAAGAAAGUGGCUACACUAACAAACAUAUUUUUCUGUCUCCUUGUCCUGAUUCAGGAACAUCAGCCUUUCUUCAUUAUGGCUGCAUGGUACCAGAUAACAGCAAUCAUGUUUUUUUGUUUGCAUCUUUUGGAGGUAGUUUUUGCUUUGCUUAGAAAUGUUACUGUCUAUAUUGUGGGAAUUGCAUGUUUUCACUGAGCACAAAUGAAAUACUUUAGGCUGAAUGUAUUGAUAUUCAACAGUUUA